AUGAGCGAAGAAAAGGCGAUUUUAGCGAGAUUUCGAGCCGUUAGAGGAGGCAAUCGAGCAGUUAUAACGAAGCUUAUCAACGAAACACGAACGAUUUUCGAGGACGAACAACCAAAUCGAGGGAGAUUAACAACUAUAACGGAUUUGCUAAAAGAAAAAACGAGACUGGUUAAAGAUUUGGACGAAAAAAUUAUAAAUAGUUGCGAGGUUAGUGAUAUUGCAAACGAGAUCGAAGAAGCAGACGAACUGAAUUCGCGAAUUUUAGACGUACAACGAGAAAUAAAGGAAUUACUCAACGAU